AUGGCCUCGCCGCGGCCCGGAGCGGGGGGAGCCGCAGGACGAGCCCCCGCCCCCGCCGCCGCCGCGCCCGCGGAGGGAGCGGCGCUCUGGCGGGCAGCCGGGCGGGGGGGCCUCCCCGAGGAGCCCCUGGGCGGGGGGGCGCAGCGCUUCCGCCGGCUCCGCUACCGGGAGUGCCAGGGGCCGCGGGGCGUCUGCAGCCGCCUGCAGCAGCUGUGCCGGGAGUGGCUGAAGCCCGAGCGGCGCAGCAAGGCCCAGGUGGUGGACCUGGUGAUCCUGGAGCAGUUCCUGGCCGUGCUGCCGGCGGAGAUGGCGAGCUGGGUGCGGGAGUGCGGCGCGGAGAGCUGUUCGCAGGCGGUGGCCCUGGCCGAGGGCUUCCUGCUGAGCCAGGCGGAGGCGGAGCGAGGGCAGCGGAUGCAGGAGCCGCUGAGGAAGGAGGUUGUGGUGCCUCCUGAAGGCAGGGAAGCUCUCCCUGGUCCCUCUUUGGAGCAGCUGUGGGGAGGAGGAUCUGAGGAGGAUCCAGCUGGGGUCCCGCUGCCACGUAAGUGA